GUAUCAGAAGGAAACACAGGACAUACCGAGGCUGUAAAGGUGACUUAUGAUACGAGGAAUACUUCCUACAAAUCUCUGUGCGAGGUCUUCUGGGCAAGCCAUGAUCCAACAAAGAAGGAAUAUCUGAAUUUUGGAGUUAACACACACUAUCGAUCAGCAAUAUUUUACGAGAAUGAGGAGGAGAGGAAGCAAUCGCAAGAAUCAAAGGUUAGGCAGCAGAUGAAGCUGAACAGGAGGAUAGUCACCAAAAUAUUGCCUUGCCACUCCGGCAACAACUCUGGCUUCUAUCUUGCAGAGAGCCACCAUCAGAAGUACUACUUGCAGAGGUACCAUAUCCGCCUCUGUGAGCGCCUCAACCUCCGCAGCGCCGAGCAAUUCGCCGGCUCCCACCUUGCUUGCAAGCUAAAUGGAAUAUUUGGUGGUGAUGAGAAGUCUGUCCCGGAUGAUCUGAAAAGGAUCGCCGUUGGAUGUCAAUUGCCACAUCAAAUCAAGCACGUUCUGGAGACAAUCAUACAGGAAUUAGGUGUGAAGCAGGCUUUGGAAGUGUAGAGACACUCCAUUAAAAAUCAAGGAGGAGGAGAAGAAAACAAGAAGUGGUUAAAUUUGUACAUAUAGAAGACUUGGCUGAGUUGCUGAGAUCAGCCAUGUGGGUUCACGUGUCAACUUUUUUAGCGUGACUAUUGGGACAACGGCAAGCCAAUUGAACAAGUUCAAGGGACGCAAUCGCCAAUAAUGUAGUGGACGUAAGAAAAUAUUUGCUGAACUUUGAUAAUAUCGCAUUAUCUUUGUGCUUGAAAUUCCCAAGCUCCAAAAUAAGAAUUGGACUUGAGAAAUUUCUGACUUCAUUUUAGUUCUAAUACUGGGGGUGGAAGGCCGGCGGUCAGAGGAGUGGAAGUUGACCUAGGGGCAAUUUCACCCCCAAAGAUGGUGGACUGCCCACUAGCUGGCUGGCCUCCUAGGAUUGCACCUCUGCCAAGGAUUUUAAUGGAAAAUAGGUUGAGUCUGUUCUGAAAA